GAUCACUAUAAAAGCUAAACCCAGGCUAUCAGUUGGAAAGUGUUCCCAGUUCAGUGUACCCACGUAUCAGUAAAAUGAGGCCUCUAGUGUUGUUGUUUCUGUUUGCCCAAGUUAUCGGACUGCUCGCAAACGAUGCAGCACGUACGAAAUUUUCCUUUGACUUCCUGCGUCUUACCAACCGGCAUAAUCCGGGUGAGAACCUGAUCGUGGCUCCCGUUGGAAUUCAUACGUCUCUAGCAGCGAUGUACCAUCAGGCACAACCGAAUGUGGCCCAGGAGCUGCAAACUGUUUUGGGAUUGGCCCCUAACAAACAGCAGGUUGAACGUGAGGUUAAUGACCUGUUGGCCAGUUCUAGGAGCGAGACGCUCAGUAUGGUCUUCAAGUUGUACCAUGCUCGAUACAAUGGCCUCAAACGUCCUCUGCUGACUCAAUCGCUCCAGGACAAGUACCAGAUUCCGGUAGAGGCCGUCGACUUCGAGCAAGGUCAACAGGUGGCCGACUCCGCAAACGCUUGGGUCGAUAGGGUGACCAAAUCGAUGAUAAAGAACCUCUACGCUGCUGAUGAUUUCUCCGAACAGGACAGCAUGAUGCUUCUCAAUGUACUUACUAUGAACGCAACUUGGGACAUCCCAUUUAUCACCCAGGACACUAAAAAGAACGUUUUUCAUUUUACAAACGGAGAUCACUCUGUUGACAUGAUGGAAACCACGGGCAAUUUUAAUUACUGUAAACUUACAAAUUUCGAAGCUGUUGAGUUAGCUUAUGAAGCCCACACGAAUUUGGCCAUGCUGAUCAUCAUGCCAAAUUCAGUGGAACCCUUCGAAUCGGCCCUCAAACAUUUGGAUGCAUCGGUGUAUGAAGAAAUAAACCGGAAGCUUACCUCGCACUGGACCUUGGGCGUUCAUCUGCCCAAGUUUUCAAUUACCAAGAAGACCAAGGCCAACGAUAUCCUGCAGCAGAUGGGUCUCAGUGCCGUAUUCCAGAAUGAUGCGUUUGAGGCUAACCAUCGACUUUCGAGCAUCGAACAAAACGGCCGCAUCGAUGUUACCGAACAAGGAACGACAGCUGCCGUAGUCACGGAAACCCGAAUGGUGUUCAGAUCCGGAGCGAUCGAUGUGCCAAUAAAUCGGCCUUUCGUGUACCUCGUUCGGAAACAGUCGACCAAGGAGAUCAUGUUCAUCGGAUACUAUGCUUACUACCAGUGAAUACUUAAAGGAGAUUUCUAUGUUUUGAACAUAUCUUUCAAAUAAAUUCAAAUAAAUUCCCAUCCGAGAGAAUAGAAAAGAAAUAUUAAUGAAAUUUGGGGGGCAUCAAGCAAAAAUUCGCUCAAUUUUACA